AUGGCAGACUCUUCAAUCGUUCUCAUCACGGGCGGCAACACCGGCAUUGGGUACGAGACCGUAAAGGCUCUGUACGCUUCACCACAACCGCACACUAUCCUGAUGGGUAGUCGCUCUCUCGAAAAAGCAAACGAUGCCAUCUCUAAGCUCAAGGAUGAAGUCUUGGAGUCCAAGUCAGAUGUCGUCUCCAUCCAAAUCGACAUUAAGGACGAUGCGUCGAUCGAAAACGCAUUCCAGAACAUCAAGAGCAAGUAUAGUCACAUCGCUAAGCUAUAUAAGAUCCUCUUCGUGACUUCUGGUCUGUCUUCCCUCGAAACCUCUUCCAGUAGCUUCAAUUCCAAGCUCAUGAACGCACCGCCGCCAAAGGGUUGGCCCAAGCCACCAUCCAUGGCCCAAACAGCUUAUCGCUCGAGUAAGGCUGGGAUGAACAUGAUGAUGCUAGACUGGACACAAAGUCUUAGCGUCGAUGGUGUCAAGGUCUUUGGCAUCAGCCCCGGAUUUCUGGCUACGGGAUUGGGAGGCAUGGGGCCGGAAAUGUUGAAGAAAUGGGGUGCGGGCGACCCGAGUAUUGGGGGCGUGUUCAUCAAGGAUGUUGUGGAAGGGAAGAGAGACGAGGAUAGCGGCAAAGUUAUUAACAAGGAUGGUGUGCAACCUUGGUAG